AAAAAAGUUUGUAUUUACAUUACAAAACUAUUAAUUUUAGAGCUAAUUAAGGUUAAUAAUUAUCAAUUAACCUAAAAAUUAUGGCAUUUCCCUUCACCUUAAAGUUCUUGGUAAUACCAUUUUUACUCUUAAUUAAUGUAUUAAGCUCGGUGGAGAGUGAUAGUAAUUCGAUCCCAAAAUGGGAUAUAGAUUUUUUGGAGUUUCCAUUGAAUUUGGAAUACUUAGAAGCUGAGUUCUUUUUGUGGGGUUCUACUGGAAGUGGAUUAGACCAAAUUGCCCCUGAUCUUGCUGUGGGAGGUCCUCCUCCAAUCGGGGUUCGAAAAGCUUUACUUGACCCUCUCACUAAGGAUAUUAUCAACCAAUUUGCUCUACAUGAAGUUGGUCAUUUGAGGGCAAUCCAGGCACGAGUGAAGGGGUUCCCUAGACCAACAUUGAAUCUAAGCAUAGCACAAUUUAGUGAUAUGAUGAACUCUGCAUUUGAACGUCCACUAAUUCCCCCCUUUGAUCCUUACAAAAAUUCAGUGAAUUACCUUCUUGCCUCUUAUUUAAUUCCCUAUGUUGGCCUUAAUGGUUACGUUGGUACCCUUCCCAAACUUCUUUCUGUAGAAUCGAGAAAGCUAGUAGCAGGAUUAUUAGCAAUGAAAUCAGGCCAAGAUGCAGUGAUCCGAACAAUGCUCUAUCAACGACGACUCCAAAGAGUGACUCCUUACAAAAUAACCGUACAAGAGUUCACAACCCGAAUUUCGAACCUAAGGAACAAGCUUGGGGCGAUGAGUGACAUUAGUUCAAAGGAUGAAGGCAUAUUUGUCGACUCGAAAGACGGUGCAGAAGGCAAGAUUCAGGGCAAUGUACUUUCCGGCGACCCGAACUCUUUAGGGUUCCCUAGAACUCCUGAGGAAAUAUUAAACAUUUUGUAUGGAAGUGGUGAUGCCAAAAAGGUUGGUGGGUUUUUCCCUAAAGGUGCUGGUGGAUUCAUAGCCCAAAAUUAUCUUCAACCAAAAUAGGCUACUUCUAAUAGAUUAGUUUGAUAGUUUUUAAAGAUUUUUUGCUAGGUUUUUAGAAGUUUAAUUAGUUUAGUUGCAUAUUAUAAAAAUAGUUUAAGUAGGAGAAAAUAGUUUGGAUUUUUGUUUAGAAUAAUAGAUGGAUUUAUAAGGAGCAUUUUAAUUUAACCUUUGUUUUCACAAGAGAACAUAAAAAAGUCAACUUCAUGCAUUUCCUUAUAUAA